AGCUCAACCCACGCGACGCCAACACGUAGAGAUCCGGCUCGGCCGGCGUGGCGCGUGCGUGCGUCCCCAUCUCCGUGCCUCUCAGCCCAGGCCUCAGGUCUCAGCUCGGGUCGACAAAAAGCGAGCAAACGCGGAGCGGGAGGAGAUCAGCUGAGCAAAGCAGGAGAGCUCGAGGGAAGAAGAAGAAGAGGAGGAGUAAGAAAGGCGCCUGGACACCCCAAAGCGUCGCCCAGCUUCCGUCGGCCGGAGGGAGGUUUUUGAUUGUGACGGCAAUUCGCAACCUAAACCAAUGUCUGACAACAGUAUUCAACGAGCAUUGCUACCUGAUAACCACAACGCCGACGUGCUCCAAAGGAAGCCGUCAGAAGGAGCUAAACGGUUCCGAAGAAGCAGGUCGGCUCCCAGAUCAGAGGCCGAUCAGAAACCAGAAGAAAAUGGCUCGCCGCUUCCAGACAAGGAGUUGUUCAGCGUGAUACGACCGAGCUUUAGACUAGCAGGGCUCCUCCUAUUUCUCUACCUGCUAGCGGGCGUCGUCGUCUUUUACCUUGUCAUGGAUCAGUUAUCUGGCAAGAGAACCAACAGGGUGCUUGACGCACUCUACUUCUGUAUUGUCACGAUGACAUCGGUUGGUUAUGGAGACCUUGUCCCUCACAGUGACACGGCGAAGCUCCUCGCCUGUGUUUUCGUCUUCACCGGCAUGGCGUUUAUUGCUCUCUUUGUGAGCAAGUCGGCAGAUUAUCUCGUCGAGAAGCAGGAGGUGCUGUUCUUCAAGGCACUGCACAUGAACAUGAAGUUUAGCGAGGCCAAAAUGCUCAGGCAAAUUGAGACAAACAAGACAAAGUACAAAUUCUACACUGCUGCCCUACUUCUUGUGACAACCAUUGUUGUGGGGACUGUUUUUCUCUGGAAGGUUGAGAAGCUGAGCCUUGUUGAUUCCUUUUAUUGUGUCUGUGCCACAAUAACUGCCCUGGGCUAUGGGGAUAAAAGCUUCUCGUCCAAAUUGGGGCGCACUUUCGCGGUAUUUUGGAUAAUUACGAGCACCAUAAUCCUGGCGCUGUUCUUCAUGUACCUUGCUGAGAUCUACACCGAGCGACGGCAGAAAAUGCUGGCCAAAUGGGUUCUCACACGGAGAAUAACAAACAUGGAUCUUGAAGCAGCUGAUCUGGAUAAUGAUCGAAAAGUGGGUGCUGCUGAAUUUGUCGUGUACAAGCUCAAAGAACUGGGGAAGAUCAGCCAAGAAGACAUAUCUUCUUUUCUAGAGGAGUUUGAGAAACUCGACGUUGACCAGUCCGGCACGCUCUCCACCUAUGACCUUACUCAUGCACAAUCCGGUCGGUGAUGAACAUAUGGGCUUGUACUUAAUUCUACAGCUUAAAUACUAUAGUUGAAUGGUCGGUUAAUGCUGUUAAUUAGUUCUGUAAUCUUGUAAAGUGUCAAAAGAUAUGACCUUGUUGAGCUCCUACAUGUAUUUAACACAAUGGAUCUGCUCAUAUGCACCUGGACAUGUGUAAGAAAGAGGUAUUUGGUGAUGCUUUGAUAAGCUUGUGUACCUGUGUAAAUGAAGUUUGUUAAGCUAUUGUUUUCCAGUCAUGAAAUAUUUCCAGCUUCCAAUA